AUGGCGGGCCAGGCGCAGGAGGGUUGCUCGGCUCUCCCGGACUACUUACAGACAAUUCUGGACCAGUUGCCGGACGACCAUAGUGUCGCACUCAGCUAUCCCAAUGGCCCAUCAGUAGCAGAUAUCAAGAAGAUCACUGAUCGGCGGAGGAGGUUCGCGUACCUUUUGCUGGCUCGCCAUCGUUUGACUGAACGAUCAGCGAACUGUCCCGGUCCUUGUCCCGAAACGAUCCUCAAACGUGCAGAAGUCUACGAGGCCUUGGGCUACAGCGAGCUGGCUCUAGCGGAUGCGUAUGUUUCAUAUACAUUGUGCUUGGUGGCUCUUGACGGGCCCGAUAUCUCAGAUCUUGUGCCGGUUGAUUCGGACGGCGAGCCCUGGCCGACAAAUGGGCCCGAGCAGGACGAGCACGAGUCGACUGCUGUGGCGUUAAGGCACAAGUACUGGUCUCUCGUUUUCAUGUGUCGUUCCGCCAUCAUCUUAGGCGUUCAGAUCCAAGCCAAGCUCUGGAUCGAUGAGAUCUUGGCGGUGAAGAGAGCCAUUCGUGGAUUGGAAGGAGACGAGACAACGAACAAGGCCAAGGACAUUGACGAGGUCACGGGAGACUUCUGCAAAUACUCGACCGUGUAUGAGGAUGAGUCCAAGUUCAAAAAAUGUGUGGGGAUACUGCGGCAAGAGGACCAUAAGCCAACAGUUUUCGGCUGGUGUCAGCGGCAAGUCUACCCCUGGAAUGAACAUGAGCCCGAAAGGAUGUCCAAAGAGGCAUUAAAAGACAUCAACGAUAAGCUCCACGAGGCAGCACCAGAUCUGGAGGUGGAAAUCUCCACGCUACCGACACUCACGCCAUCCCUGGAACUGGGUGUACAGAGGCUGUCCAUUGGCGAGAAAGAACCCAGUGUAUCGACCCAUGCCAAUUGCUCUUCGCAAUUGGGCCUCUUUGCGAAGAAGCAGCUAGCAUCUGGAGCCACCAUUCUGAAAGAACGAUCAGUCCUAACGGGCAUACGACCGCACGGGGAAGCGCUCUGUGACGCUUGUGCAGCUGAUCUGGAAGGGAUUGAUCAAGCAGAUCGCAGGCACUGUACAGGAUGUCAUAUUCCGUUCUGCUCCGAACACUGCCAAUCAGCUGCAACACAGCGAUAUCACCAUCCGAACGUGGAUGAUUACGAGACAGACGAAGGCUAUCCCCCAGCCGAAGCACCCUUCUGUGCAGGGACGAGUGGCAACGACGACAUCCACAAUCUUGGCCGAGCUGAGAGCUCGACGACCCCGGAAUGGGACUUGUACUUCCUAUUGCUGUCCCGGACGAUGCAGAUGUCGGAGACGCAGAAACUUCACCCGCUCGACCUCUUCGAGAUCAAAUAUCUCUGGGGCGAUUUCUCCCCAACGCCCAGUGUCAAUGAUCUGCCGAUCAAGAGCGGCCCAAAAACUCUGCCCUACAGCGUGCGGCAUCAUGUCGAAUUGCCCCUGCAGUGGUUUGAGAUUCUCAUGCAUUCGCGCGACAGGUGCACACCCUACAGUGCCACUUGGUUGAAGAAGUACGACUGGUGGAUCAUUCAGACGCUGUUCGCCAAAUUUCGAGGAGUGGCCGACGCCCAACAGUCGACAUGGACCGGCAAGCCUGAGGUAGCUGCUGUUCAUCCACUCUGGUGUCUGGCAAACCACAGUUGCAACCCGAACGUGACCUGGAAACCGUCCGGCGUCAGAAACCUGACUGUCGUGAAGGAAAGAGUCUGGGAACGCCCUGACAAGUCCAGCAUACUCCCGUGGGAGGGGAUCCGUGCCGGUGAAGAGAUCUGGAACCACUAUACCGGUGUCCAGGAGAAAGACCACCGGGAACGGCAAGGCCGCCUGCAAGCUGUACUGGGAGGUGAUUGCAGAACGACCUUCCGCCGUCUCGGCGGCUACAGCCGAGCUUUCUUCCUCGACCACUGGCCAGACCUCCUCCUCGUCCUCCUCAUCACCGCCAUUGCGGGGGCGGUCUUCCUCAUCCCGUCGCGACCACCUCUCCUCUUCCCACUCCUAGACCCUACCGGCGCUGUCUACAAUCCCUCCUUAGCAUAUCCUUACCGACCUGCAAUCCUCAACUCCCUGACUGCGGGCUUGCUGGGCUCCCUCAUUCCGUUAGGUGCAAUCCUCCUCUCGCAACUCAUCAUCCGGUCCUUUGCCGAUUUCUCUGCCGCAACGCUUGGGCUCUCUUACGCCCUCGCUACUGGGACGUGUGCCCAGAUGAUCCUCAAAAAGACCAUUGGAGGGCUAAGACCACAUUUCCUCGCCGUGUGCAAGCCGCGGCCUGUGCCGCUCGGGAGCGGCGUCGGGUUCAAUGGGAUCAUGUAUCGCCCGCAAGACGUGUGCACGGGCAAUCUCAGUGAAAUCGAAUGGGGGAUACAGUCCUUCCCCUCAGGACACAGUGAAAUCGCCUUUGCAGGAUUUGGCUAUCUGGCCAUCUACUUUUUCACGCACCUCCACUGUGGCAGCCAUGACUGGCGUGCCGGAAAACUGGGCUUCUGGAGGAUGUUGCUGGUGCUGAUGCCGCUUUUGUUCGCGGCGUGGAUUUCCUCCACGUUGUGGUUGAGUUACCAUCAUCACGCGAGUGAUUGUCUGGCUGGGGCGGCGAUCGGGACGUUGACGGCGUUGUUCGGCUACAGAACCACGUACAGGACUCUGACCGGCGGCACGACGAAUUGGAAGCCAAGAGUCGGUAGACGGCUGAAGCGGGCGUUGGAAGAGAAGAGGGAGGAUCAGACGAUGGCAGGGCAAGACGAGAUCGAGUUGGACCAGAGGCACGGCAUCGAUGGUGCGGACGAGACACUUGACCUAGAGAGAGCGUGGAGGAGAUCAGGCUGGAGUCCGCCACCUCCGAGCUUGAACUGGCGCGAUAGCGAGUGUAUCCAGAACUGCGAACAAUGA